CCGCGGGCCCUGGGCUCGGCCCCGGGGCAGCGGGCGGAGAUGGAGACGAUUCGCUAUACCCGAUCGCGGUUUUAAUCGACGAGCUCCGCAAUGAGGACGUGCAGCUCCGUCUCAACAGUAUUAAGAAGUUAUCAACAAUUGCUCUAGCACUUGGAGUAGAAAGGACGCGAACUGAACUGCUGCCAUUCCUUACAGAUACAAUUUAUGAUGAAGAUGAGGUACUGUUAGCUCUUGCAGAGCAGCUGGGAAAUUUCACCGGCCUGGUGGGAGGUCCUGACUUUGCCCACUGUUUGCUGCCUCCUUUGGAAAGUCUGGCAACCGUGGAAGAGACUGUGGUUCGAGACAAGGCAGUGGAGUCUCUGAGGCAGAUCUCCCAGGAGCAUACUCCUGUUGCUCUGGAAGCCCACUUUGUACCUCUGGUGAAACGCCUAGCGAGUGGGGAUUGGUUCACUUCUCGAACAUCUGCGUGUGGUUUGUUCAGCGUUUGCUAUCCCAGGGCUUCAAAUGCUCUCAAAGCAGAAAUUAGACAACACUUUCGUUCCCUGUGCUCAGAUGACACACCAAUGGUACGACGUGCAGCUGCUUCCAAAUUGGGCGAAUUUGCAAAAGUUUUGGAAUUAGACAGUGUGAAAAGUGAAAUUGUUCCAUUGUUUGCUAAUCUGGCUUCAGAUGAACAGGAUUCAGUGCGUCUCCUAGCUGUGGAAGCCUGUGUCAGUAUUGCCCAGUUACUCUCUCAGGAUGACCUUGAGGCUUUGGUGAUGCCUACCCUUCGACAAGCAGCGGAAGAUAAAUCUUGGCGAGUUCGCUAUAUGGUAGCUGACAAAUUUUCAGAGCUCCAGAAAGCUGUGGGUCCUAAAAUCACCCUAAAUGACCUCAUCCCCGCCUUUCAGAACCUACUUAAAGACUGUGAAGCUGAAGUCCGAGCAGCUGCUGCCCACAAAGUCAAAGAACUUUGUGAGAACUUGCCCAGUGAAGGUAGAGAGACCAUAAUUAUGAAUCAAAUUCUGCCCUAUAUAAAGGAAUUAGUAUCUGAUACAAAUCAACAUGUCAAAUCAGCUCUAGCUUCUGUAAUUAUGGGAUUGUCUACCAUUUUGGGCAAAGAGAAUACCAUUGAACAUCUUCUACCUCUUUUUUUAGCUCAGUUAAAGGAUGAGUGUCCUGAAGUUCGUUUGAAUAUCAUCUCCAAUUUGGAUUGUGUAAAUGAAGUGAUUGGAAUCCGUCAGCUCUCUCAGUCUCUCCUUCCUGCCAUAGUGGAGCUGGCUGAAGAUGCCAAGUGGAGGGUCCGGCUGGCCAUUAUUGAGUAUAUGCCACUGCUGGCGGGCCAGCUGGGUGUGGAAUUCUUUGAUGAAAAGCUGAAUUCUUUAUGUAUGGCCUGGCUUGUGGACCAUGUAUAUGCCAUCCGUGAAGCUGCCACCAGCAACCUCAUGAAACUAGUUCAGAAGUUUGGUACAGAGUGGGCCCAGAAUACCAUCGUUCCCAAAGUGUUAGUGAUGGCAAAUGAUCCUAAUUACUUGCAUAGAAUGACCACUUUGUUCUGCAUUAAUGCGCUGUCUGAAGCCUGUGGUCAAGAAAUAACCACUAAGCAGAUGCUGCCCAUUGUAUUGAAAAUGGCAGGAGACCAAGUAGCAAACGUCCGUUUUAACGUGGCCAAAUCUCUACAGAAAAUUGGACCAAUUCUAGAUACUGAGGCUUUGCAGGAGGAAGUUAAGCCGAUACUACAGAAGUUAGGCCAAGACGAAGACGUGGAUGUCAAAUACUUUGCACAGGAAGCUAUAAGUGUGGUAGCCCAGAGGCUGAGGAAGCUAGAUUUUCCUGUGAAGGACAGUGAAGAGCCCAGCGCCCUUGGGGCUGACAAGAACCACUUCCGGAGAUCCAGAGGGCCUGGAGAGGACAGCGGGAAGGGACCUGCAUAUCAGCUGCACGUAAAUACUAGAGACACACUUGCCUGACUGGAAAUGGCAGAACUAGUGCAUUUUUCCCAAAGCAGAGACUAAUACCCCUGGAUUAAAAAAAGAACAUAAACAAAAAAUAAAGUACCACACAUAUUGCACUUUUUGCCGAGUGAAAUUUUUACCUCACGUUCAUCUCACCAAAGUCUCUUCAGAGGAGCCUGGUUUACAAGAUAAUAAAGCUAAUGAUUAUUAUACAGUAGUGUACACACUGCUAAUGUGAAACAGACUGGAAAGAAAGGCAUUAUUUCAAAGCAGCCUCUCAUAAAAAGAGUGGUACGAAGCCUUCUUAGUGUUUCUUUAGUAUUUGUGAAGAGAAAGCGGCUUGGAAGCUUACACAGGUCACUAGUUAGGGGACAGAGCAACGGCAAGGAUCAGACAGGGUUGGGAAAACACCUGAUUGACCAACAGAACCAGUCUCCUCUCACCAGCUUACAUUUCAGCAAAUACAGAUUGUUAUGGAAUUUAUUGAUUUCUGCUUGAAAUAAAUGAGAAAAGCAAAUAGGAGCUUACAACACAGGUCCAGGUGAGUGCCCGCGCCGCUGGUCUGUCGGUUCCUAACAGACCUGGCCACUGCUGGUGCUUCCCAGUGUCUCUCUCUGGGUCCUUUAACUUUCCAACAGGCUCUCCGCUGUCCCUCAUCUGUCGUCCUACGUCCUGCCAUAGCUCCGAGGCUUCCUGGGCUAAGUGGCUCAUGGCCUUGCUUGGGGGCAGGCGUUCAUGCCAAUCUGUAACUGUGCCCUUCCUG